GGGCCAUAUGGGGCGUCAGGGCCCAAGACCAGUUUCUCAACAGGGCCGACCUGCUCAGGGAACCAGGUCGAUGGAAUUCUAGUUGAGUUUGUUGUGGUUGGGCCCGAUUUGGUCAGAGUGAUUGGAUCAGGGAACUCUGUUUGGUAUGAUCUGGUUGGAGUGACUCGAUUGAGAAAGUAGGUUGGAUUUUUUAUGGUUUAGUCCGAACUAGUCGGGUUGACUAGGUCGUGGUUGCCUUGCUCGAGGGUCGUCCUAGGCCAUACAAAGUUCUUAUUUGUUAGAAUGGUUUUUUGUGUUAUCUUAAAACUAUUGCUUAAAAUUAUUAGAAUAAUUAGAAUAAAGUAAUUAGAAUAAAGUUAAAGCCGUUGCUUAAAAUUGUUUGAGUAGACCUGUUGAGACAUUAUUAUCAACAAUUCCUGAUAAAAACAGACCCACUUCCUCUGAUCCUCUUCAACCCACCCACCGUGGGUUCGUCCAGCCUUCCGGCCUUCCCCCCCGGUGGUCAUCACAUCUCCCCCAAUUCGCCGCCCCCUCCGACCUCGCCGUACUCCUCUCGCUCCGGGUUAAUCGCUGCUGUCUUCUGCAGUUGAAGUAGCCUCUUCAUCUGCUCGCCGCAGUUCGUCCGUUGCCCAUGGCGGAUGAGGAGGUAACUGAUCCAAAGGCGUUCCUAGAGGAACGUUCAAAGGCUAAGUGUGUGUCGCAGUGGUAUGAAUAUCAGAAAUGUGUUAAGAGGAUUGAGAAUGACGAGACUGGGCACAAACACUGUACCGGCCAGUACUUUGAUUACUGGAAAUGUGUUGACAAGAAUGUUGCAGAAAAACUCUUUGAGAUGUUAAAAUGACAAGAAAAGUUUUCCCUACUUCAGUUAUCCACCCAAAGUUGGUAAUAAUUGUAUCACUUGUGUGGCCUAUAGACUAUUAAGGCGCUCAAUAUUUGUUAGAGAAGUUUUGCCACUUGGGUAACACAAAUUUUCCACUGCCAGUUUGCAUUUCAUUUCUGCUACUAGUAUUGAACCAGCAGGUUUCCUCCUGCAUUGUUGGAUAAAAAAUCCAUCGAAUAUUUACAAGAUUGUGGCUGAUUAUUAAAUGCUGUAAUACACCUUAAUUGCUUUUACGGUGUAUUUUGAGGAGCACAUAGCAAAUCAUUUGGGUCCUAAACUUGGAUGUGUCGGAAUAACAUUUGUACAUCACUUCUAGCUGGUGGAAAUGAUUCAUCAUGAGCAGAAGUUUGUAGUACUGCACUGGAAUGAAACAUUGGCACAGCAUAGCUUUUGUCCAGAUGUGAGUUGAUACGUGGAUGCUGUUAUGAGCAGAGCUUGUGGCUAUAUAUUACAGCAUCUCUUGCA